AGGCAAUGCCGGAGGACCCGCCCCCUUCCCAGAGAGCACCGCGGCCGCGGAAGCGUGGGUCCCGUCGGCCGCCCCGCCAUGGACGAGCUACCGAAUGGCAACGGCGCGGCGCGGCUGAAGCGCGGGCGAGGAAGGCGCCGACGGCAGCCGCAGCCCCGCGGCGCGUCGGUCUUGGCCCUGCCCUUGCGACCCCGGAAGAUCCGAAGGCACCGGAGAAGUGCGGCGGCGUCCCGCGUGGCCGCGCUGAGGGCUCGCGCGCUCCGGAGCGAGGGAGAGGAGUCGGACUCGAAGGUGGCGGUGGCCUCGGUCCGGGGCAAGCGGAAAAGGCCCGCAGAGCUGCCGGAGGUCCUGCGGUCGGCGGAGCCGCGGCCGGUGCCAGCGCGCCCGAGGCCGGCUCCGGCGACGCUGCCGCGCCGCGUGGAGGGGCGGGCGGCGCUCUCGCGGAACCUGGGGACGGCCGCUCCGCCGCCGCCGCCGCCGCCGGGCUCGCACGCCAACGAGCCGGGGCGACCCCGGGCUUCGCCGCUGCAGCAGGUGCUGGCGGAGCUGAACGGCAUCCCCAGCAGCCGGAGGCGCGCCGCCCGCCUCUUCGAGUGGCUCCUAGCGCCCCUGCCUCCGGAUCACUUCUACCGGCGGCUGUGGGAGCGGGAGGCGGUGCUGGUGCGGCGGCAGGACCGCAGCUACUACGAGGGGCUCUUCUCCACCGCCGACCUGGACUCGAUGCUGCGCUACGAGGACGUGCAGUUCGGGCAACAUCUGGACGCGGCGCGCUACGUCGAUGGGCGGCGGGAGACCUUGAACCCGCCGGGCCGGGCGCUUCCGGCCGCCGCGUGGUCCUUGUACCGAGCCGGCUGCUCCUUGCGCCUCCUGUGCCCGCAGGCCUUCUCGCCCACCGUCUGGCAGUUUUUGGCCGUGCUCCAGGAGCAGUUUGGCAGCAUGGCGGGCUCCAACGCCUACCUCACGCCCCCCGACUCGCAGGGCUUUGCUCCUCACUACGACGACAUCGAGGCUUUCGUGUUGCAGCUGGAAGGUCGGAAACUUUGGCGCGUCUACCGACCGCGGGACCCAAGUGAGGAGUUGGCCCUGACCUCUAGUCCCAACUUCAGCCAGGAGGACCUUGGUGAGCCGGUGCUGCAAACGGUACUGGAACCUGGAGACCUGCUCUAUUUUCCUCGGGGCUUCAUUCACCAAGCUGAAUGUCAGGAUGGAGUCCACUCCCUGCACCUCACCUUGUCCACCUACCAGCGCAAUACGUGGGGUGACUUCCUGGAGGCUGUAUUGCCUCUGGCCGUGCAGGCGGCCAUAGAGGAGAACGUGGAGUUCCGCAGGGGCCUGCCCCGAGACUUCAUGGAUUACAUGGGGGCCCAGCAUUCCGACUCUAAGGAUCCCAGACGGACAGCUUUCAUGGAAAAGGUGCGGGUCUUGGUUGCUCGCCUGGGACACUUUGCUCCUGUCGAUGCCGUGGCUGACCAGAGAGCAAAAGACUUCAUUCACGAUUCCCUGCCCCCUGUGUUGACCGAUAGGGAACGGGCUCUAAGUGUUCACGGGCUCCCAGUUCGCUGGGAGGCUGGAGAACCCGUCAAUGUGGGGGCCCAGCUGACGACUGAAACCCAAGUCCACAUGCUUCAGGACUGCGUAGCUCGGCUGGUGGGUGAGGGAGGCCGCCUGUUCCUGUAUCACACGGUGGAAAACUCUCGCGUUUAUCACCUAGAGGAACCCAAGUGCUUAGAAAUCCACCCCCAGCAAGCCGACGCCAUGGAACUCUUGCUUCGCUCCUACCCAGAGUUUGUGAGAGUGGGGGACUUGCCCUGUGUCAGUGUGGAAGACCAGCUCUCCUUGGCAACCAUGUUAUAUGAUAAGGGGCUGCUACUCACCAAGACACCUCGUUCCGAAUUAGUUUCUUGAGGAUGGCUGGAAAGAAUGCUGUUUCGAUUCUCCACUACCACUGCCACCUUUUUUUUUUUUUUCUCUUUUUAAAGAGGUCAUGUUCUUACCUUGCUAAGCAUCAAUAUGGUUGUGUUUACCUUUAGGAUUUUUUCAGUGUUGCAGUCUUCAGGCCUGAGAAGAACCUUUUUACCUAGGUAUAAAAGUAAAUGCAGAAAUUGAAGCGGAGGGGAAAGCUCUUUGCAGAAGUGGUCCUGACCCCUGUCCUUUCAGAGCACCAGCUUCAUUCCUGGCAGAGUCCAGCGUACCGGGUAGCAUCGGCUGCGCCAUUCUGCUGGAGAUAGGGAGGUUGCUGCUUCCUUGGGUUCUCUCUCAUCAGUCUGUGGGGCUGAGCUGGGGUCAGUGUGCUGUGCGUUAAGUUUGUAUGAACGUCAGAUUUAUUAAAAAAAAAA